GCGGGAGAGGGGGUGUGGCCUCUUGAAGCCACGCCUCGCGUGUAGCCACGCCCUCAGUCCGGUUAGCGAGACAAGGAAAGCGCGGAGAGGGCGUGGCCUAGAGAAGCCACGCCCAACAACCUACCAGUGCCUCCACUUGCGGGGCGUGUCCCCCACGAAGCCACACCUCCUCCUCGAGGCUCCGCCCCCCGCAGCCUCGCCCUGGCCACGCCCCGCCCCGCCAACAGAGCCAGAGCCGCUGCGGGAGAGAGAAGCAGCAGAAGCCGCGGCGGAGGAGAAAAAGGGACGAGGAGGGGGUCUUCUUUUUUUCCCUUCAGCCCCCUUCUUUUGGGCGGGAAAAAAGGGGGGCAGGAUCUAUAUAAAAGCGGGCGAGGAUGCUUUGGCUGAUGCGGAUGCGGCUCGGAUCCGGAGCGGAUCGCUUCCUCCCCUGCGGACCGCGCUGAGGACUCGCCCCCCCCCCGCCCCUCCCUACACGAUGCGCCGCCAAGGGCGUCCCUCGCUCCCGGUGGCGCUGCUGGUGGUGCUGCUGGCGCCGGGGCUGGGCACGGGCUGCCCGGUGGACUGCGUGUGCUACCCGGCCCCCAUGACGGUCAGCUGCCAGUCGCACCACUUCCUGGGCGUCCCGGAAGGCAUCCCGGCCGAGAGCGAGCGCGUCUUCCUCCAGAACAACCGCAUCUCCCUCCUGCUGCGGGGCCACUUCACCCCGGCCCUGGUCACCCUCUGGGUCUACUCCAACAACCUCACCUUCGUGGACCCCGAGGCCUUCCGGGGCUUCGUCCACUUGGAGGAGCUGGACCUCGGCGACAACCGCAACCUGCGGGAGCUGUCUCCGGAGACCUUCCGCGGCCUGACCCGCCUCCACGCUCUGCACUUGUACAAGUGCGGCCUGAGCGUCCUUCCGGACGGGCUCUUUGCUGGCCUGCACAACCUGCAGUACCUCUACCUGCAGGACAACCAGCUGGACUUCUUGCAGGAGGACCUCUUCCAGGACUUGGUCAACCUCAGCCACCUCUUCCUCCACGGCAACCAGCUCUGGAGCCUGCAGCCCAACGCCUUCCGGGGGCUGGUCAACCUGGACCGGCUGCUGUUGCACCAGAACCGGCUGCGCAGCGUGCACCGCCGGGCGUUCCACGACUUGCGGCGCCUCACCUUGCUCUUCCUCUUCAACAACAGCCUGGCCGAGCUCCCCGGCGAGGCCUUGGCCCACCUGUCGGCCUUGGAGUACCUCCGCUUGAACGGCAACCCCUGGCGCUGCGACUGCCGGGCCCAGUCGCUGUGGGAGUGGCUGCGCCGCUUCCGGGGGUCCAGCUCCAGCGCCGACUGCGCGGCCCCCCCGCGGGUCCAGGGCAUGGACCUCAAGGAGGUGAGCGCCGAGGAGUUCCGCGCGUGCGCCGAGUCGCAGCACCAGGUCAACGCCCCUCCGCGGGGGGACCAGCACCGCCACCAGCACCCCACGACGGAAAAGGGCAAAGACGGGCAGCGCCCGGGGUACCGGAAGCCCAGCAAGAACUGCACGCGGAGCCGCACACGGAGCAACAAGAUGGCCUCCUCGCCGUGGAAGAACACCGACGGCGACGGGCUGGACUAUGAGCACAAGCUGCCCCCGAAGCAGAAGGGGAAGUGUCCCCGGACACCCGUCCUGCCCCCUAGCGGGGUCCAGCAGGCGGCCGGAGGCGCCAGGGGCCGGGGGGCAAAAGUCGCAGCAGCGCUCACCACUGUCCUGUUUGCCAUCACGGCCGUCUUGUCGGUGGCCAUCGUCCGCUGAUCCGCCUCGACCCGCCUCCCAUUUUUGAGGAUUUUCGACCAUUUCGGGCCUGUCUCUUGAGCCGUUUCCUGGAGGGGACAAACACGGCAAAACUGUUCGGGAUUACAAGCAAUAGUCCUCGCCUGGGCUCGGAAUCGGCUGCAAAAACCGCUCGUCGGAAUGGGAUUGUAAGGAGCGUCGUCCACAUCCCCAAAACAUCGUCGAGCGGUGCCCAUAAAACAAUAUAGUUUCCGAGGUCUUUUUGGGGAACUACAAUUUACGGGAUUUUCCCGCAAAGCAACACAACGAGCCCCUUGUUUGUUUGUUUAUUUAUUUUUUAUUUAUUGAUUGAUUGAUUCCCGCUUUCUCACCCUUGCCCUCUCUAUCUCCAUGAAAUCAGCAGUGCCAGGUUACCAGGGGUCGCUCCGAGGCAGGACCCCUUGUUGGGAAGAGGCCUCUGCCGGACUCAGUGGGGCCCAAAGGAGAAGCCAGGAGGGCUGCCCGAGGCCGCCAUCGACCUGACCCACAGCGGCUUUUCCCGGCCUGCUUCUCGCUCGCCUCGCUCUUUCUCUCUCAGGAUUUUUUUUCCUUUGUCCGCAAAUAAGGAUCGUAGACUUGGGACGAAAGCUGCGUCUUUUUCUUGCUUUUUUUUCCUUUUUGUAACGUCGGUGUUCACCGUAUCCAAUAAAAUAAAUCGAUGCACAGGUCAGUUCGGCAGGACUCUCUUCUCCCGAAGGAAGCUUUUUAUAUACAGACACAAAGAAGAAGAGCAAAAAGGAUAUCUAUCUAUGUGCUUUCUUUUUUUUCCUUUUUGGAAACCAACCAUUCACGCUUUGGUUUGAAGGACUCGUCGGAACCCAGAGCACCAAUGUUUGGGUCUUUUUCUUCCCUCCGUAUGCAAUGAAUAUGGGUCCAAGAGGAGUCCAAAGGGGAACGGAUGCUGUUUUGUUGAGGAGGCGUCGAGUCGGUGUUUAUUUGUACACGGAGUGGGGGCAUUGUCUUAUUUAAGGGUGUACAAAGCAGUGUUUGACUUAUGGGGUGGGGGGAGUGGCAUCUACACUACAGAAUGAAUGCAGUUUGACAACACAUUUGCUCCUAGCAGUUGUAGUUUGACACAGAAACAGGCUGGAUGUUUUCCUUUUGUCCUGGUCGAAUUGGGGUUGGAUUGGAUGGCCUUUGCAAGAUCCCUUCCCAACUCUAGAGCCUUACUUCUCUCUAAACCUAUGCUUUUGUAUGGCCAUCUGUCAGGAGGGCUUGGAUUGUGUGCUUCCCUCCCGGGUUGGGCUGGAUGCCCUUUGGUGGUCCCUCCCGACGCUAGGAUUCUGUAUCAAGAGGUGCAAAAGCCGUGUCAAACUGCAUUCAUUCGGUGUUUUUAAAUAGGUUUGAAAGGCAGAGGAAAUAAAGGCGACCCUUUUGGAAAAACCCCA